GUAAUACAUUGUGCUUUCGCGUACUGAGCAGUAAAACUCAAUAAUUUUCAUAAAAUUGUGAUUGUAAUGUCUAUUAACUCAAAUCCUCUGGAAUAUAGAGUGAACUCUCUAAUAAAACCCGUAUAAUAUAAUACAAAUACAGGGUGUCCAUUAAGUCACUUUACAAUUUCAAUUUUAUUAUGAAGUCAGUUCUCAAUAUUCUAACCAGGUUUGUUGUUUUUUAAUUAGUAAUUGUUCAAGUAUUUUUACUUCAUUUAUUACAUCUGUGAGGGCCAAAACAAUUUAAUAGUAUCGAACUAUCGAUUAAUUUCCUUUGCAAUUUUGAAGACUUUAUGGACACCUUAUACACUCUAAAAACUUGGCAUUUUUUAUGAUUAGCAAAAAAAAUCAGUUUUCAUAUUUUCUCUUUUUCAAAUUUUGAUUAAGUUGUAAUUUCUAUGGAGUCCUUACACGAAUCAAACCGAUCUAAUAAAAGCAGUAUAAUACAAUUACAACUUGUUUCCCCGGGAGAUUCCUAACUUUAUUACAAAAAAUAAAUUAAGCGAAUCACUACCACGAGAACGCGAAAUUAACACUAUACGCUUCUAACCAAGCAAAACAGUAAUGAAAAGACGUUUCAAUAAAAAAACGUUUGUAUUUCUCUGGCGAUUGCUGACUGAUAUAUUUUCAUUUGCAGUUUUAUUAACCUAGCUAGGCUUUCAGUCGUUCAGUAAUUGCUUAUGAAGCGGAACAAAACAAGCCUCCCAUAUCCUAUAAAACGCUGUCGUCUGCUUUUCUUCAGUCCAUUGUGACAUCAAAGAGAAGGAAUAAUGGAAAUAUCUUGCACGCAAAAUGCAAGUAUGAGAUCACAAAGCAAACAAGGAUUUAUUGACUUUGGUAAUUGUGACCGAAGAAUACAAACGAUAAAUCGCAGACGAAAAAUAUCAAGUUCAUUGUUAUGGAAAAUUUAUUAUUUAGACAGAACGAGUCGAGCCGCAAUCAUAAUAUUAUCAUUAAUAUUGAUGGGAAACGGCACAAACGGCGCGAAUUGUCCCGCAAAAUGUUCUUGCCAAGCUGCCAAUACGGCGUUUUGUAAUCAUAAAGCAUUGACAUAUUUUCCCAUGGAUUUUUCACCGUCGAUCGAAAAACUUUAUUUAUUCCAUAAUAAUAUUACAAGGAUUAAUCCAAGAGCAAUAGCGAAUCUAAAGAACCUAAAACUAUUGGAUUUAUCUGGCAACAAGAUUUCAGACAGUUCACUAUGGAAAGGAAUAUUCAGUCAACUUCGUCUUCUGGAAAACUUAAUUCUACAAGAUAACGAAAUAAAAAGCAUUUCAGCUGACAUGUUUCAAGGUCUCAACAAUCUGGCUCGUAUUUAUCUCCAAGGAAACCAAAUCUCAUACAUUGCAAAUGGAGCGUUCAACAACUUACCGAAUCUCGUCGAAUUGAAAUUACGGAACAACAAACUCGUCUCAUUUCCUCGACUUAUCAAUACAUCCAACUUGCUAUUACUAGACCUUGGACAUAACAUGCUACGAUCGAUACCUGACAUGACACUCUCGACUGUAAAUCUGGAGCAUUUAAUGCUUCAGGACAACCGUCUGACUCAGCUUCGAACAUCAAUUUUCGAUGACACGAGCCGACUCACACAACUUGACAUCAGCAAGAAUAGACUUACGGCCGUCCCGCUCGUGAUAAAGUCGUUAUCAAGUCUUCGAGCUCUUAACAUGUCACUGAACAGAGUCCGGACGAUCCCAGCCGACACAUUUACAGACAUGAGAAAACUCAAAACCCUGGAUAUCCAUGGAAUGGGUCUAACCUCGCUACCCUUUGGUAUCAUACCUAGAGGGGUUAUACUCAACGUAUUCGACAUGACAGACAACGAUUGGGAUUGUAGAUGCGAUGCUAGCUGGCUGCCGCAAUACAUCAGCGUAUUCAGACAAGCGUUUGUGAAUCCUGACGGAAUAAAAUGCUCAGCAACAUCAAAAUUGAAAAACCGAAAAAUUGAGGAUCUUUCAGCAGACGAUUUCCAGUGCACUGAGGAAGAAUUAGCGAAGACUCAUUUCCCGCCAAAAGUCACUACAACAACCAGUGCAACAACGACAUCUAGUGAUCCAAGAAAACCAUGGGCUCCAAACCCAUGUGAUGUUUAUCCUUGCUUCCACAAAGGAACUUGCUACCUUUCAAAUGGACGACCUAAGUGCAGAUGUACGAGAUAUUGGACCGGUCCGCAAUGCAAAAUCUCUUUACUACCAACAACAACUACUACAUCAACUAUAUACACUAGGAAGCCUAGCACUAAGUCACCUGCAAAGCCAGAACUCAUGAUAAACCAGGACUCAGUAACUGAGAAUUCAGUUGAGAUUAUACUUCCACAAACAGACACAGAACUGCUUGUAUCUGUGAGCGAAAUCGGGGAACACGAUAAUACGAAAGAACUGAGGAUAAAACCUAUCGCCCAUCCGUUUACUGUGCUCGGUUUAGAGUCUGGAAAAAGCUAUAAUAUUUGUAUACAUCUACCUUUGGGGAGUAGAAAUGAUAGGAACCCACCUUAUAUAGAAGAAAGGGACACGUUAUGUGGCUCUGUACGUACUGAAGGGAUUAGUGUAAUAAAUAAACCGGUCCAUAACACAGAAAUUCAAGUUGUACCGAGUCUCAGUGGCAGCGAAAAUGUAAACCCAACAGAAAAAGGCACAAAAGACAAAGACGUAAAAGAAUACAAGCCAGGUGAAGGCGAUAAACUAUACGGCGAUGUGAAUCCCGAAACGACACCAACUGAAAGCAGCAAUUUUCAAAUCAUUUAUCCGGCUAUUGGUGCCGGUAUUGGAGCCAUAAUUAUCAUCGUUUUGAUAGUUAUGUUUUUCGUCUGCUAUCGUCAAAGACGUAGAAAGAAAUUCAAACAAAAUAACCCAGACUACGUCCCGGGUUCUCCCAUAGACACCACACAAAUGGUUGACAUGGAGAUGGCACCCACAAUGCACCUGCAUCAGCACAACCAUUACCCUGCUGGAUGGGUCGACCAGGCCAACGGCUCAAAGUCAGAUAAAAAUAAGAAAAAUACGAAAAAUAAAAAGCAAAUAAAUUAUAUAAACAACAACCAGAAAGCAAGAAAAGUCAGCACCCCAAAUCGGACCAGCUCACCUGGUAGUAACUCAAGUAGCAGUAACGGUGGAACGUUACAAACUCGUUAUGCCGACACUCCUCUUCAUUACUCUCCACAUCAGCAGUAUAAUCCCGCCACCCCGCCAAUUCAAAUGCAAUAUGACGUCAUGCCGCAACAAAUGAAUGGCCGAGCGAACGAAUAUAUAUACAGAAACCAUCAGAAUAACAAUAAUUCCGCCAUGUUGCCACCAAAUAACCAUUACAUGCCACGAGAGAGGCCGUACGACCACGAGGUCAUGGACGAAAUGGCGCCUCUAGUGGUUGGCGGGAUGAAUCCGUACAACUAUGGCGGACACUUGAAAAACCAAAUGUAUCCCAUAAGUCAACACACUGGUCCUACGUACAUCGCGCCUUCGAGUGCGGUAUCGUAUCCACAAGUUAACUCAAGGUCGGCGUUCCAGCCUAUACAGAGCCCAAGAAAAAACACUGUCCGAACGCCGACAUCUGAUUCCGGGCCGAUUACGACGCAUGUAAAUACAGUGCAAGUACUGCCGACGUCAACUUGUUUAAACCGUAAUGUCGUGAAUGACAGCAUGGUACGGUACCAGGAAGGGGUACCGGUGGUUUGAGAAGUAAAAAUACCGACCAGGGGUGUCUAAAACGAAUAUCUGAAUACAUUCAAAAUAUGUUAUAUUCGAUAAUAAAUAAAUAAAUAAAUAAAGAGUUUGAAGUAUUUUCAUUCAAAAUUUUGUCAUUUGUCUUAGGCAUUUAAAAUCUGAUCGACCACCCAAAAAAGAAACAAAUAUUCAAAUAAAUUUGAAAAUUGGGUAUUUUCGAUAUAAUUAUAUCUUGAUUUUAAGAAUUAUUUAAAAUAACCAUAUGAAAUGAAAACAAUGCUCAUCUCAACUAUUUUACAUCGGAAAAUCAAUUUUUAUAAUUUACAAUAGUUUUUGUAAAUUCCCCUUUUGAAGAUGACCCAUUUUGUAAUAUACUCAAUUUUUCACAAAUAAUAUUUCAAAAUGUCUUUGUAAUGAUAAAUUAUUCGUUUUGGCCAUCCCUGAAGAUGGCGCUGUUGAGUAACAACUAACGCUUCAUUAUUGCUGUAAUAAAGAGCAAAAUUUGCAUAUGCAAAUCAAUAAAAUCAUGCCAAAGAGUCUACGCUUCGGAAAAUUGGAUAUUUGCAUUCCGAAAUUUGGUAAAUGAGCUUUCAAGGGGAUGUCUGAUGAGUCUAAAACUAGGAAAAUAAAGAAAUUAGCUACGUACGUACAGGUUGUUCAUUAGGUCCUGAAAUUAUUUUAAAUUGCAAAGGGAAUUUACUGAUACCAUAUAUAGUUACCUACAGGUGCGUUAAAAUGGGAUAAAAACUUCCUGGAUACCGUAUAAAAUUAAACAAACCUGGUUAAGAUAUAUUGAGAACUGACUUCAUAACAAAAUAUUGAAAUUGUAAAAGAUCUUUAUGUACACUCUAAACAAUUGAAUUGACUUGGACACCCUUGAAAGCUCAUUUUUGCAGUAAUUUUUACUUUUAAUGCUUUAACACAUUUUUGCUUUCGCAGAAAGUUUCACAAUUUUUGAAUUUUUUUUUAUUUUUAUUCUAAAAGUUGCCGAAUA